AUGGUCCAGGGCUCGUAUGGAUAUGUUCACAAAGUCCUAUGCGAACCAAAUGGAAAGUUGUACGCUAUUAAAAUUAUCAGUAAUCAAGAAAUAACUACGACCGAGAUCGAUACACUCAAACACAGUGACUGCGACUACGUGGUCAAGUUCAUAAAACACUGGGAACAUGACGGGCACACAUUUAUCCAGAUGCAAUACUACCCGUAUAACCUAGCGCAAAUUAUCACAUUAAUGGACAACACAUUCAACGCAACGGCCAUUGCCUUAAACCCGGGACUCGUACGGCGUAUCAGGUAUUUUAUGGGGUGCGAGAUGUUUAUAGAGCUGCUCCGGGCGUUGCGAUACCUACACACCGGGCCCUCGCGUAUCAUUCAUCGUGAUAUUAAGCCGGCAAACGUGAUGUUUGAUCCGACGGGUGGUGAUGCUCCGGGUGCCGGUGCUUUUUGUAAGCUUGGUGAUUUUGGAUUGGCCGCCCCGUGCGGUCCAGACGGUGACAGUACUGUUGUUUGUGACGGUCGUGUCGGUACAGUUAACUACAGGCCCCCGGAGGCAGAGUUGGGCCGAUCCAAGCGCUGUAGUGAUGUUUACAGCGUAGGACUGGUGGCCGUAAUGCUGAUGGAUAUUGAUUAG